AUGAACGGGGCAGAAACACGGAAAUACGGUGAAUUGCAUACGACGGGCCAGCUCCCCACGCCUUCCUCGACGCCCGAACCGGACGAUGUGGCACCUCCGAGGGGCCGCCGCGCCCAUGAAGCCAAAAGCGAGGAACCGCUGCAGAACAUGACGAAUGGCGCCAAAGCCGAGCCAAACAGCGCAAUCAGCUCCAGUGCGCCGAGCAGGAGGCCCAGCGUGCACGAAGAGGCCAUUCUCUCCGACACCAGCGAGAAGAUACGGCCCAUCAAGCGGCCUGGAGACGGGCGGCGGAGGAGCAGCGUGUCGGAGCACGAGAAGAUCCUCAAGCUCAGUCCCCGCCAGAUCCAGGAACUCACGAGCGAGCCUGCGAGCAUUCCCAUCCGAGCAGCCACGCCGAUUCUCGAAGACGAGCUGGAAGACGCCACGCCGCUGGAAGAUGGCGAUGGCCAGGGCAGCAACAAGCUCUUGGGCGUCGUGCUGGAGCGGCCGGUGGAGCUCAAUGGUGAAUCGAGGAGAGAGAAGGAAGUCGUCCUGAUCAAGACACCUGCAACCGAAUUGCGCAACGGCCGCCCGGUGCUUUCCUCACGAUCCGUCACUACGCCCUCGCUCCCACGAAGGACCACGUCAAGGUCGCGAUCACGCACACACAACCAGACACAAGAGACAGAGGACCGGAGACAUAGCAGGCAUAUCCCUCCGCCGUUGAGUCUGGACCACAGAGAUGGCACGUCCAAGGGCCACGACAGACACAAGGAGACACGCGAGAUACGUGAGCAGGUCUCUCCGACACCAAUCGCUCUCCCGUUGCCGCCAAUGUCGAUGCCUACCUUUCUUUCCCUAGAACUCUCCGCCAGCCGUCCCUCUCCAUUGUACAUAUACCGGCCCGCGACGACAGACUUUCCCUACGAAACAUCCGAGAUAAAGUACGAGCGCUUGCUCAACUUCCUAAGGAUACCACUGAAGAUCGAGGGCAUACUUGGAUUUGGAGCGCUGGCUUGUCUGGAUGCAUGGAUGCACGUCUUGACAAUUCUGCCCCUUCGCUUUCUGCUCGCCAUUGCCAUUUUGGUCAAAUGGUGGGGCUCAGUCAUUGUGAAAGAGUUUCGCCAUCUCUGGGCUUUUGUCUACGACGGUCUUCCUCGCCUUUGGCAGCGCAGGAAGCAGACCGAUGGCCCUACGCCUUUACCAACACCUGCUGAGGAGGUGCCUCCGUCCAUGUCGCGGAAGCCAUCAUCUUCUACCGUUCCCUCGGCCAAUACGACGGCCAGGCAGAAUCCUCAGAUGUCGACGACAUUCAAGUUUCCAGACAUGAACGAGCUCAGGGCGCGCCGGCCUCGAAACUCCCGAUUCCGUCACCGCCGUACCAAGUCCACGCCUUCUACACUACAACCCAGCCACAAAGCAGACAUACUGAAAGGUCUACUGGUCAUUGCCAGCUGCUUCGUCUUGAUGCGCUUCGACGCGAGUCGCAUGUAUCAUGGCAUUCGUGGACAGUCAGCUAUCAAGCUGUACGUCAUCUACAACGUCCUCGAGGUCUGUGAUCGCCUGCUCUCAGCCGUCGGUCAAGAUGUGCUGGAAUGCCUCUUUUCUCGCGAGACGCUGGACCGUAAUCCCGACGGCAGAAGCAAGGUCCUCCGUCCAUUUGGAAUGUUCGCACUUGCACUGGUAUACACCGUCGCCCACGCUACAGCGCUGUUCUACCAAGUGAUAACGCUGAACGUGGCCGUCAACUCCUAUUCCAACGCACUACUGACGCUCUUGAUGUCCAACCAAUUCGUCGAAAUCAAGGGCACGGUGUUCAAGAAAUUUGAGAAGGAGAACCUUUUCCAGAUUACCUGCGCAGAUAUCGUAGAGCGUUUCCAGCUCUGGCUCAUGCUUCUCAUCAUUGCAAUGCGCAACGUUGUCGAAGUAGGUGGCUUGAGUAUCCAAAGCAGCGACACCUCUUGGACAGCCAUGUUCACUGGAUCUGCCAACUCGUCUUCUGCGACCGCGUUCAAGGCUACGAGUAUCAUACCUAUGAGCUUUACUAUCUUCCCAAAGUACAUUGCACAGGUACUCAACCCGUUCCUGCUGGUGUUGGGUAGCGAGAUGUUUGUCGAUUGGCUGAAGCAUGCGUACAUUACCAAGUUCAAUCAGUACAAGCCAGAGGUGUAUAGCAAGUUCUUUGACGUUCUGGCAAAGGACUACUAUUCUAAUGCUUUUGCUGACGCGGACUUGACACGACGUCUUGGUCUGCCAGUUAUACCACUGUCAUGCCUCUUCAUACGUGCUGCCAUCCAAACCUACCACAUGUUCAUUGCGAUGCACAUGCCGCCCCCCCUCCACACCACAUCAACAUCCCUCUCUUCGGACCCGACAUCCUCCCCCACAACGACCGCAGCACUAGCCCACAUCGACCACGUCUUCCGCCGCGCCCUAGGUCGCUCCUCCUUCGGUGCCGGCAUCCCCUCCCAAGCCUGGUACAACCCCCUCUCCUACACCCUCGACGACCUCAUCGCCGGCUCAACCAUGCUCAUCGUCUUCCUCGUCGGCUACCUCAUCUUCCUCGCUUUCAAACUCAUUCUCGGCAUGCUCCUCCUAUCCGUCAGCCGCAAACGAUACCACGGUAUGCAGGAACGAGAGAAGAUGAAUGUGGAGACAGGGGGUAAGAGAAUCGGGGGAUGGGGCGUUGUGGAUGUAGACGAGGAGAAGAGGAAGGUGAUUUACGAUGAUGAUCCUGAGACGCUGAAGAGACUGAGGGAGAGGGAUGAAAAGGGCAGGAAGAAGGAGCAGGAGGAAAGGGAGAGAGGGACGAGCUUUGGGCAUGUUAGUCGGUAUGCGAUGGUUGCUAAGAGGAUUUGGUGA